ACUCCCCUUGGUAAAAUGGCUGUCAAGUAAACCUCUUACAGUACACAAAUGUGACCAGCUGAUGUGGCUGCAGUGUUCCUGAAGCAGCUGUUUUUUUUGGAUACUCAGCAGAAUGAAAAAGAGAAAACACACAAUGAUGACAAAGACACAAAGUGAAACAAAGCGGAAACUGAAUGUUUCCCAACAAAGCACACCCCAAGAUAUGGCUGAUUUGCUGUCAUGCACAUUUAUACAGAUGGUGGUCUUGAAUAAUGAACUGGAAGUUUCACUGAAGGUACAGUCUGGUAGUGACAGAGAGGUACUCAAACUGCUUCAAGAUGGCAUCACCAAGUUUGAAAAUGUUUCAGCAGAAAUACAUUCUUCGAAAAACAUGUGUGCAUGUGUUGAAUGUGGGUCCCACGAUGCUGUGAAGUGUAAGGUGCUUGCGUUCAAUAUAAGAGUGGAUGAAGAGAUUUACAAAUGUUCCAAGUGUAGGGACGUGAAAGUGAGUCAAUCCCGGCCAUGUACUGGUGAAACUGAACACUGUAGAAGUGACACCAGUGCAAAGGAUAAUAACGAUGCAGAUAUUCCUGUGACAGAAGAAGUGGAUCUCAGGAGUUUCAGAAAAUUAAAAUUCAGUGUCCCAGGUGAGAAUGAGGCAGCUGUCAAAGUUUCGGAAUCUGAAACUAUGAGCGUAGAAACCAGUGACAGUAGAAAGUUGAGGAGGCGAACAAGGAAACAAGAUGCUCAGUUUGUUGAAAAUGUCAGUGAAGAUGAAAGCGACAUGAAGGUAGGCCAUGUUGAGGAUAGCGACAAUGAUGCCACAUUUCACAUCAAGGAGAAACAUGUGUUCGAUGAGGAAGAAGCAAAGCAUUCUGGGAAAAGAAAAAGGAAACCAGAUAUAAAAAUAAAUAAAAAAUCAUCCUCUCACAUGUGCAAUAUAUGUGGAAAACAGUUGUUAAAUAUAAAAACUUUAAAAAGUCACAUGACCACACAUUCGGCAGGAGAUGGUCACACAUGCAAGAUUUGUAACAGGAAGUUUUCGCACAUACGAUAUCUCAAGAAACAUGAGAAGACACACACUAAAGACAAGCCAUAUUCCUGUGAAAUAUGUGGGCAGAGAUUCAAGCUGAAAGAAUCCGUGCCCAAGCACAUGGUGCUCCAUGGUGGUGUGAAGCCUCACAAGUGUGAUGUGUGUCACAAGGAAUUCCACCUGGAGGAGCAGAUGAAAAAACAUCGACAGAUACACACGGAUGAACGCAAGUUUAUUUGUGAGCUGUGCGGGAAACGUUUCAGGACUCAGGGAAGCAUGAAAUCUCACAAAGAUACUCAUGAGGGUCCGUUGAAGCACAGCUGCGACCAGUGCGGGAAGAGUUACCGCAGUGCGUGGUAUCUCAAGAUCCACAGAAAGACUCACACCGGGGAGAAUUUGAUCCAGUGUCACACCUGCGGGGAUUGGUUCAUCGAUCCCUGCUACUUCAAGCUACAUCAGAAGAAGUUCUGUAAGGGCAAGCCGCUGGCUUGCAGCAUGUGUGAUCUGGAGUUCCCUCACAACCAGGCCCUACAGAGCCACAUGGGACUCCACACUGGCGAGAGGCCCUUCGGCUGCAAGAUCUGUGGCAAAGCUUUUGCCAAGGCCCCACUGCUGGCUGAGCACACAAAGAGACACACCCUGGAGAACUGCCACACCUGUCAGUAUUGUAAGAAAGGCUUCAUUAAUAACAAGGAGCUGAAGAGACACGAGAAAUGUCAUGUGAACAAAAAGAAGAAAGCUAGUCUUCCGGAGAGACUUAAACCAGGGCGAAUGGAUACCCAGGUUGUGCAGGUCCAGGAGCAGGUCCAGGAGCAGGUCCAGCACCUGGACCAGGUUGCCGUGGAGGUAGAGACUACAGGGCAGUUGGCAGUCUGCCAGUUCCACCAAAACACAAGCCACCUUCAAGUUGUGACUACUCCCCCUGAUAUAGCAGUACCUGCUGGGGAGUCCUGCAACAGGUACAUCCCCAACUCCAUCAUGGACCAUGCCAGUGCCUCCACCUACACCAUCACCUCGGUCAGGCCCGACCUCGACAACUCUGGCGCCAGCACUCAGGUUUUGGAUUCUCGUGGCGGCCACAUCACGGUCCACGACUCCAUCCCCAUCACCCACGUGUACACUAGUCCUUCACCUGCAACUGUCCACUUCACGCCCCCCCCGUCCUUCAGCAUGCCCCGCCCACUUCCCCCUCCGGCUAGCAUUGUCUCUACCCCAGAAGGAGAGCAGCUGCAGCAACUGCAUCCCAUCUCAACAACGUCAGACAUCAACAUGGCGUACGAGAAUGAGGCUUCAGUGCAGCAUCUCCUCCAGGCAGCAGCAAUCAUCAAGAACUAUCCGUCUCAUUACUGAUAUGGAGGAUGAUCAAAGCAUCCCUGUGUCGGGUUUCACAAGAACUAUCCGUCUCACUACUGAUAUGGAGGAUGAUCAAAGCAUCCCUGUGUCGGGUUUCACAAAAACUAUCCCUCUCAUUACUUCUUCCUGUUGGGAUUCUGAAUUAGAAUUUGUUCCCAUCAACUUUUGCUGGUCGUAAGAGGUGACAUAAUGGAUUGGACGGUCAGAUUCAGUGACUUCGUCAUCAUACAAUCACCCCGACAACAUGGAUCAUUGCUCAUAAUAUCAAUCGGCGUUAAAUAACAAACUUGCAAACACACUUCUCAUUGCCGAGUAAGCAUGGUGCAGCUUUGAACAUUAUUCUUGUGAGCUGACAGCGUCAGUGUGGGGUUUAACAAGGAUUUGUUGUGCACUCUGUCCACUUGACAAUCAUGUUUGCUGCAGGCAAUCAGUUUGGGACAGUUUACCGACAUUCUGCUCAAGAGCUUCAAGUACGGUACAGCUGUCAUCAACUUGUUGCGACUGAAGGCGUUCGUUUGUUACAGUAGAUCUAUUGAUGUUAUGCCCACAACUGUAUUUUGUGAAGUUUAUGUUUAUGCAAAUGUUUGUGUUGUAGCAGAUAUUUUAUCAUGUAUUUUGGCAACAUCUUUCCAGACUUUGCGGAAACAGUGUUCUUGUUAUGGAUACCGGACUUCGUAUGGACUAUGAUCAAUGUGCAUAUCGUACCAGGGUUUGUUUGUUAUUUUUGCCAAAAUCUGGGGUUGUUUUAAAGGUGGACAUUUAGAGAGAAAAAACACUGUCAGGUCUAUUAUCAUGUCUGUCAUAUAUAUACACUAUAUAUGUACUAUGAACUUGCAGGUUUUACAGUGGGAGUUAUUUCCCCUACCUCAUUAUGCCUUUAUAAGUGUAGAUUGGGAGAGAAUGGGGCCAAGUGGUAAAAAUAUUCACAUGUCCCACUGAAGGCCUGGGUUUCAUUCCAUAAAUGGGUAAAUUGUAGGAAACACAUUUCUGGUGACACCUCUGUGACCUUGCUGGACGAUUGCUUGCAGCAACAUAAACCCAACUCUCUCAUCCCAAGACCAGUUUAAUUAUUUCAUAUUUUUUUUUACAGAUAUCCUUUCAAUUUUUAGCAACGUUAGAAAAACAGGUCCUUUUUCUCCAUGUUUUGUCAGGUUGAAGGGAAGAGUGUUCAGUGCUGUAAGUCAUGAAAUUAGGGAUUGGCCAUUUGAUAUUUGAGAGGGAGG